GCGGUCAGAUGGCCGGAAGUGGGCCCGGGACACCCGGAACGCCUUGGGGGAGAUGAAGCCGGCGGUGGACGAGAUGUUCCCCGAGGGCGCCGGGCCCUACGUGGACCUGGACGAGGCCGGAGGCAGCACCGGGCUUCUGAUGGACUUGGCAGCCAAUGAAAAGGCAGUUCACUCGGACUUCUUUAAUGAUUUUGAAGAUCUCUUUGAUGAUGAUGACAUCCAGUGAGGCGCUGUCCCAUGCUGCGUGUGGUCAAGCCUUUGCUGCGUGAGCGUGUGGUGGAGCCCUCAGGACAGCCCCAGUGGUUCUGCAGAACGGUGGGAACACCUGAAAUGAGGAGAUGGUUAACUGAGAAAGGACGGUUUCAGCCAUCUGGGUGAGGUCAUUCCUCACUUCAAUAAAAAAAAGCAGUCAUCACUA